UGGCCAUGGCGGCAACGCAGGGAUACGGCGGCGGUGGUGGUGGCGGCGGCGGCGGUGGCGGCGGGGGGCGGUUCAUCCCCAUCGUGAAGGACGACCGCACGCAGAACGCCUACGGCGAGAACACCUUCGAGUUCGAGGCCGCCAACGGCAUCGUCCGCUACGAGUCCGGAAAAGAAGACAACGGACACGUGCAGGAGGGAGGCUGGAGGUACCAGGCGCCGGAGGGCAUCCCUGUGGAGAUCACCUUCGUGGCCGACCAGGGGGGGUACCAGCCCCAAGGGGCCCUGCUCCCCGUGGCCCCGCCUCUUCCCUACCAGAGGACGCAGUCCUUCGGAGGAGCAGCAGGAGGCGGAGGAGGAGGAUAUGCGUGAAUCUGAGAGAGCAUUUCUGAUUUCUUGUUUCCUCUUUCAUCUUGAGGAGCUGGUCUCAUUGAUUUUAUCGCUUCGUCGUUAUCCUUUGUGGUCACUGUUAGUUGAAUUCACGAUUGUUUAUGAAUAGAUCCUUCACAGAAUUUCUAAUGUUUGAAACUUCAAAUAAAUUUUCUUUGUAUAA